AAAAAAGGUGUAUGUAUUGGAUUCUCUCCGAUGAAAAGGAAAAAAGGAGGACACAAAAAGAUGAGAGCUUUAUUUUUAUUCUAUAUAUAAUGGCCAACACCAUCCUAAGAAACUAAGUCUCCUAUUGUCCCCACUAUAUGCCCCCACUAUUUGGCCCCCAAAGCAUCCCAAUAAUGUAUCCUCCUAUAUCAUACUAAUCACUAUACGUCAUUCUCUAUUCCUUUCUCCAUUCCCCAUGCAUUCAUUCACCCUGAAAUACAGACCCACAGGCAUAUAUGCAGAUUGAAGCUUGUAGCUGACACAAUUUUCUUUCUGGGGGUUUUAUAGUAGCCCUUUCUUUCUUCUCUUCUUCACCAAGUUCCAAUGAAGGUUUUCCAAUGGCUAUGCUUCAAUCUCCUCCUAUCUUCUUCUUUGUUAGUUGUAGUAAUGGGAGGGGUUGAUCCUUAUUCUGAGGCUCUUUUGAGCUUGAAAUCUGAAAUUAUUGAUGAAUACAGCAGUUUGGAAGAUUGGUUUGUGCCUUCUGGAGGGAAACCAUCUGGGGAAGUCUAUUCAUGUUCUUGGUCUGGAGUCAAAUGCAACAAGAAUUCCACCAUUGUUAUUGGCUUGAAUCUGUCUCUGAUGAAUCUUGGUGGGGUGUUAUCAGGGAGGCAAUUCAGUGUUUUUCCAGAGCUUUCUGAUCUCAACAUCAGUUACAACUCAUUCUCUGGCCAACUCCCUGUGGGAAUCUUCGAUCUUACCAGUUUAAGGAGCUUGGAUAUCAGCAGAAACAACUUUUCCGGCUCCUUCCCCGGUGGAGUUUCCGGCCUUCCAAACCUGGUUGUUCUUGAUGCAUUUAGCAACAGCUUUUCAGGACCUUUGCCUGUUGAAAUUUCCAAGCUUGAACACCUCAAGGUUCUGAAUUUAGCAGGGAGUUACUUCGAUGGACCCAUCCCAUCAGAGUAUGGCUCUUUCAAGAGCCUUGAGUUUCUUCACCUGGCUGGAAAUUUCCUCACCGGAGAAAUUCCACCUGAAUUGGGGAAGCUGAAAACAGUGACCCACAUGGAGAUUGGCUACAACUCUUACGAAGGAAGCAUCCCAUGGCAGCUGGGCAACAUGAGUGAGCUUCAGUAUCUUGACAUUGCUGGCGCAAAUCUCUCUGGUUCAAUACCAAAGGAGCUCUCAAAUCUCACCAAGCUUCAGUCCCUUUUUCUAUUCAGAAACCGGAUCACCGGGUUGCUUCCAUGGGAGUUCAACAAGAUCAUUCCUUUGACCAAUUUGGAUCUCUCAGAUAACCAGAUUACUGGACCAAUACCGGAGAGCUUUGCAGAGUUGAAGAAUCUCAGGCUGCUCAGUCUGUUCUUCAAUGAAAUGAAUGGUACUGUUCCUGAACGGAUCGCAGUACUUCCAUCCCUCGAUACUCUGUUUUUAUGGAACAAUUUCUUCUCUGGUUCACUUCCACAGACCUUGGGCAGGAACUCAAAGCUUAGGUGGCUGGAUGUUUCCACAAACAGUUUCAGCGGCAGCAUUCCACCUGACAUCUGUACCGGCGGCGUUCUAUUCAAGUUGAUUCUUUUUUCAAACCAUUUCUCAGGCAGUCUUUCACCUUCUUUAUCCAACUGCUCUUCCCUUGUUCGCCUCCGGCUUGAGGAUAAUUCGUUCUCAGGUGAAAUUCCCUUAAAGUUCAGUCAUUUUCCAGAAAUAACAUAUGUAGAUUUAUCCAGAAACAAGUUUUCCGGUGGGAUUCCCAUAGAUAUGUCCCAAGCUUCAAAGCUUCAGUACUUCAAUAUCUCCAACAACCCAGAAUUGGGUGGCAUGAUCCCUGCACAAACAUGGUCUUCCCCACUUCUUCAGAACUUAUCUGCAUCAUCCUGCAACAUCUCCGGCGACAUUCCUCCUUUCCAAUCCUGCAAAUCGUUCACUGUUAUUGAACUCCACACAAACUAUCUCUCAGGAACUAUCCCGAAAAGCAUUUCCAAUUGCCAAGCUCUUCAGUCAGUCAUUUUAUCGAACAAUGAUUUAGCAGGUCAGAUACCAGAAGAGCUUGCUUCUCUUUCUGAUCUAGCUGUUCUUGAUUUAUCCCAUAACAACCUCACCGGUCCGAUUCCGGCAAAGUUUGGCAAGUCUUCAAGCCUAGUUCUUCUGAAUGUAUCAUUCAACGACCUCUCCGGUUCUAUUCCAUCGGAAAAGGCGCUGCGGUCAAUGGAUAGAAGUUCGUACACCGGAAAUUCAAACCUCUGUGGAGCACCUCUGAAACCAUGUUCAAUGGCUAUCCUGGGAAACAAGAGCACCGGGAAACUCAUAUUGGUUCUCCUCCUCUGUGCGGCGGUGGCAGUUCUCAUAUCUGCAUCAGUUCUGUGGAUAAUACAUCUCGGGAAAAGAACCAACCGACAAUGGAAAAUGGUCUCCUUCACCGGACUCCCCCAGUUCACAGCAAACGACGUCUUGAGGAGCUUCGAUUCCAAUGAAGCACCAUGGCCGCCACCGCCACCCGCAUCCGCGGUGUUACCCACCGGAAUAACCGUCCUGGUGAAAAAAAUCGAGUGGGAUCCAAAGAAGAUGAAGAUUGUAUCAGAAUUCAUAACAAGAUUGGGAGAUGCAAGGCAUGGAAACUUGAUCAGGGUACUGGGGUUUUGCCACAACAGUCAUACAGCUUACAUUUUCUAUGAUUACUUACCCAAUGGGAAUUUGGGCGAGAAAAUUUCAGCCCAAAGAGAUUGGGCAGCAAAAUACCGAAUUAUAUUGGGAAUUGCAAAAGGUCUGUGCUUUCUUCACCAUGAUUGCUUUCCCACAAUUCCCCAUGGAGAUUUGAGGUCAAGUAACAUUGUCUUUGAUGAUAACAUGGAACCUCAUCUUGCUGAAUUUGGGUUCAAACAUCUGACACAGUUGACAAAAGAUUCAGUUCCUUCAACAAGAUUCAGGAAAGAAACAGAUCAAUUCAAUGAUGUUAUCAAAGAGGAGGUAUACAUGGAUAUCUACAGCUUUGGAGAGAUCAUCCUGGAAAUAUUAAGUAAUGGAAGGUUGACAAAUGCUGGAGUCGGCAUACAAAGUAAGCCGAGAGAUGUUCUUGUGAGGGAAAUAUAUAAAGACAAUGAAGCCGCUUCUAGCAAUGUUGCAGUGCAAGAGGAGAUUAAGGUGGUUCUUGAAGUUGCUCUGCUCUGCACUAGGAGUAGGCCUUCGGAUCGGCCAUCCAUGGAAGAUGCAUUAAAGCUUCUAUCUAGAUUCAAGCCACAAAGCAAGAAACUGAAGCCAGAGAGUUGAAACAAUAUUAGCUUUACAAAUAGAGAGGAUAUGGAUACAUACAUAUAUAAAACAUGCUAUUAGUUUGAUCUAAGUUUUUGCGAUAAAUUUGCUUGUAAGUUUGUUUAUGUCAUGAGUGUUAUAUUAGUUUUUGCUGUAACAUGAAAGUUGUGUAAAUCUGUGAGUUCUUAAAACUUAUAACAUUCUUCUGAUAAAGGAAAUUUGUCUUC